AUGGAAACGACUGUCGUUGAAGGUGAACGAAAAGAUUUUGAACCUGUUACCAUUAAUAUUUUAAUAAAUAAAGAUGAACAAUCCACAAUAUCAGCAUUAGUUUUCGAUUUAGAAGACAUUAAGAAACUAAGACAAAUAGGAAUAUGUGGUAUUCUUACAGGUACUUUGCCCUCUGCAUCGCAACAGAACACUUUCCUUUCUAUACCCUUGAGGUUGAUGGUAGAAGAAGUUCUCUGGCUUCAUUUUAAUGGAUACUGUCAUUUAAGACCGCUUAAUGGACCAAUCUCACAAAAUGUUGUCGAUACCAUAAAGACUCGAGCUGAAGAUUUGUACACGACAUCCAUAGCAAGGAUCGAAUUUCUAUACGAAUUACAACGACAGUAUAAAAGAGAGGAACAUUUGAAAAAAUUAGAAAAAUUAGGUUUACUCAAUAAAAAUGUCAAGGAAGGACAAGAAGAUAAUUUGAAUUCAAAACUCUUGGAAUCAUCAUUAUUUGUACAAACGUCAAACGCUUCCUCUAUCCUACAAGAUUUUUCCAUGCAAUUAGAUGAUAAGUUCAUAAUAAAUUGGCUUAUUUCCAAUUCAAGUAGUUGGAACAAUUACCUGCUUUUCAAAUCUUUGAAAGAUCAAAAAUAUAUAUUGGCGCCCGGUUCAAGGUUCGGAGGGAAAUUCAUUGCAUAUCCUGGGGAUCCACUUAGAUAUCAUUCGCAUUUGACUGUGCAAAAUGCAAUAGAUUAUUAUAAUGAACCAAUUGAUAUGUUAUCCUUAAUACGUGGUUCAAGAUUGGGGACAACAGUCAAGAAACUAUGGGUAGUAGGAGGCGUGAAGGGAGAUAUUGAGGAAGAACCUUCCACUGAAGUGGAUUCGACUAGUAAAGAAAAAAAUGGGCGUGUUUCCUUUUUUUCCAUUGAAUGGGCAGCUUUUGGUUAA